UUUGUCAUUACUCCAAAGCUGGGAAGAGUCAAAAUCCCAAUGCAGUUGCAGACGCAGUUCAAAUGCAGCGCCUGGGUAAGUUUUUGACAUUAGAGGGAACGGCCGGGGAUGCACUGAGCUAUGCGAUUGACCCUCUAGCCAAAUCGCUUGUCAAUUUGACAGAAUAACGGAUUUGGAUAUCCAAAUUCAUUGUUGCAAAUGGAGCUGCCUGAACAUCAUGCUUGAAAAGUCCAUCAUGUUGCAAGUCCUUAAAAUUUCAAUGAAAGGUGAGUGUGAGGAACACACUCAUCAUUUAAGUUGGAGGGAUCCCACCGGAGUUCUAAGGUGCUUGUCACCCACUCUGACCAAAUUUUCAUUCAAGGGAUUGGUAGGUCGAGAAGAUGAGGUUAAAAUGUUAAGGUAUGUCCUAAAUCAAGGCCGCAUUCUGAAAGGUGUUGAACUAGUAUUUCGGCCUCCUUCUACUGAUUUGGAGCCCAAGUUUCACGUGCUUCAAAAGAUAUCAUUGUUCCCAAGGGGUUCUGAUGACUGUGAAGUGAGUUUUACCUGAUGGUGAGCGAGGC